AUGUCUGACGGCUCUUAUGAAGGUGAUGUUGAUGAAAGUCAAUCUUUGCUUGGCAGGAGUAAAGUAAUCUCUGUGAAUGUGGUUCCUUACGAUAGAUAUGAUUUGUCACAAAGAAAUCGUCCUUUCCUGCCACCGAGACUUCGAAAUGUUAUUAUAGCCGUCCUCAACGUCAUAACGAAUGUCAUGAUGAAUGCGUCACUUCCGGUUUAUGCCGAUACAAUGAACCAGGUUGGAGGACGCGCUUUUGUCUUACUCGUCAAUACAAGUUUAGUAGUAUCUGUUUUAUUUGCGUUGAUGACACUCUUUGUCAAGUAUUCAAAGAUGGACCCAAACGCAAGUCUGAGACCAAAGUCAUCUUGGAAAGUUUUAUUUGCAAUGGGACUGUUCACAACGCUGAAUGGCAUUCUGGUUGUAAACGCAAGUCCCUCCAACAGAACACCUCCUUAUCUACAGGGUAUACUGGCGUCGACUGUGAUACCGUACACGGUUCUGUGCCGUCUCAUCCUCCUCAGAAAAGGUAUAAGUACUGUUAGGGCAUUAUGCACGUGCGUGGUAUUGGUUGGAUUAUUCAUCAGUACAGAACCUCAGACGUUUGGACUCGACGGUUCGGAAGAAGAGAAUACGGGUGCAACCGUCAUCCAAAGAAUUCUUUGGCCGUUGUGUUUUACGAUUGGUUUCCUACCUAUUGGGUUAAGCAAUGUGUUCUGUGAAAAAGAAUUACAGAAAGAUGAGGGUGAGUCGCUUGGAUUUAUCACGUGGACUAACGUUUUCCAAUUCGUCACCAUGGUAUUUUUCUUCUGGACUGAUUUUGUACCAGGAUUUGGAAUGUCCGAUUCAGCUUCUCAGUUCUUCAAUAAAUUCGGGAAAGGGUUUUCCUGUCUGUACAGUUCAGCCGAUUCUUGCCUUGGACUAGCCGGAAAGUCGUGGAUUUUUAACAUAGGCUACGUUUUCGGGAACCUAUUUCAAUAUCUGCUGAUACAGUAUGCGGAAGGGUCAGUGUUCGCUGUCAUCGUUCAAGCAAUGGUAACUCCAAUAGUCACCAUUUUCUGGACACUUUUCACGUAUAACAACAAAACAGACAUUCUUUUGUGGCACCCAGUUAUGGACGCUAAAACAGGGUUCACUCUGGCAGGACUAGCUGUAAUAGUACCAGGAGUGUUUCUAUACAACUAUUUUAGUCGGAAGGAAGCCCAGGAAGCUGUGCAAAGGGCAGAGGAUCCAUAA